CAACAAAUAUGUCGGACGAAUUACAUACAAAGGUUUACAAUUUUAUAGUGACUACCGAAGAAGAAAAUGUAACUGCGACCACAGUUAUUUACCAGGCAGUAAAAACGGAACCAUGGACUUCGAAAGAAGAAGUAAGAAAGGUAGUCUAUCAAGCAAUUUCAUUAGCGUCAAAUAUAUACGCCCAAGAUUCUUCUCAUCGAGAAAAACUUAGUCAAAUACCCCUUCAAUUUGAGAUGGCAUAUGAGGGGGUUCAUAGUUUACUUAACAUUGGAGCAUUAAAAGUGAAUAAAGUAGAACCUCUCACUUUCGAACAAAUUGAUGCCAACCUUCAGAAGAUGAAGUUAAAACUAUCGAGAGAUUCGUCACCACUCUCUCAGGAAUUGGCUUUAGGUCUAAGGAGUGCGACAGCUUCCAAUCUUGAAUGGACUAAUCCACUCGCCAACCAGAUAAUUGAUCAGGAUUCAGAUUUAGUGAAACAUCUUUCUUAUAACAUGAAAAAAGCAUUCUUGAAACCUGCGCGACGAAUGGUGCCUCCAAACUUACCGAUGAUUCGGGAGAUGUGCAAAGAAUUUGUGAAACUAGACCAAAAUAACAAAGAAAAUAUAAACCUUAAAGAUGAAGUAAUGAAAUUAAGAAAUGAUAUUGAGGAAAUCAAAAAGAAAGAUAAAAUCAUUACUAAUACUCAAGAUGUACUUUCUACAGAAGAUAUUUCAUCUGAAAAUUUGGAACAAAAAACUAAACCUUAUGAGAAUAAAGAGAUCAAAUUUCUGGAAAGAGUACAUAAAGAGCAUAUUAGCAAUGAGAUUAGAGAAAGAAAUCGGGAAAAGCUUAGAUCUCAAGACUCUAUACUAAAACCAUCUAAUUUAUCUCUAGAGACUGUCUCUUCAGAACAAAAUACUGAUACACAAGAAAUAAAAGAAUCCGAAAUAGAUAUACAACCUUUGAUACAGGAAUUAUUUCUAGAAACUUCAAAAGAAGAUUGCAUCAAAAUCGUUAAUAUAGAGGAUUCUAUUGGUGAUUUACCUACAAUCAAAUUGUCUUGCAGAGAUCAAUACUAUACAAGCUAA